AUGCAUAUGGAACAGAAUUAUGGCGUUUACAGCCUUCUCCUUCUCUGCUUCUCUUACUGCUGCUGCAUGGGCAGCAACUACGCUGAUAUGGAAAUCCUCCUAUCCUUCAAAUCCCAAUUCAUAACCUUGGAUCCCCAGAAUGUACUUGCGGUCUGGAACAACAGCUUCCCUGUUUGCAGCUGGCCUCACAUUUCCUGCACCGCCGACGGAAACCAUGUCCGUGAGGUCGUCCUCCAAGGCUUCGGCCUCUCUGGGAUCAUUCCCCCACACCUAUCUAACCUCUCUUUCCUCGAAACUCUUGACCUCUCUGAUAACUUGUUAUAUGGCCCAAUCCCUUCGCAUCUUGGCCGUCUCACUCUCCUCCAGAACCUCUUCCUCUACAAUAACUCCCUUGAUGGUACUAUUCCUAGCAAUCUCUCUAAUUGCUUAAACCUCCUACAAAUGCAUCUCACGUAUAACCAACUGUCUGGAAACAUACCUUCCUCGCUUAGCUUUCUCACACAACUCAAGUUCUUGAUGUUUCCGUCAACAAUCUUUCUGGCUCGAUUCCCCCUUCCAUUGGAAAUCUCACCUCUCUCAUCUAUCUCUACCUUGCAAGAAAUGGACUUUCCGGUGAUACUCUGGAAGAACUUGGCCGUCUCCAGAAUCUCAUCCAUCUGCAGAUCUCCCAGAAUCAACUCAGUGGUGUGA